UACAGCCGGAUACAACUCUUUUUUACUUAAUUUUCACUCACUAUCUGUAACCGCUACAUUUUUAAAGUAAACAAAAGCUCAAAAUUGUGCUAAAUUCGAAACUUAUUCUUUUGUUUUUGUUUUUAAAAUGAUUUCCAACCUUAAAAUGCAAAAAAUGUUUAUUCCUUACAACCAUUUAAAAAAGUUUAGAGAUAAAAGUAUAGCAACUUCAGCUAAACAGUCUAUAUUUCAGACUAAAGUGUUAAAUUCUAGAUAUAAUCCAAUAAAUAUUCAAAUGUUAUCAUCUAGUUUGCACAAACAGAUCUUUGCUGGAAAGCCAGAAAUUAAUAUAGAUCCAAAAAGUAUAGAUAUAGCAAUAGCUCAUCUUCGCAAGCAUGGCUUGUGGGAUGCUGAAACAUCUACUUUACCAGAUGUUGACUUUAAAAUACCUAAAUUAUACAAGUCUGAUAUUCUGGAACAUUUUAAUUAUAUUGCACAACAGUUGGUUGGAGAUUACAAAAGCUUAUUAGAUGAGAUUCUAAAAAAGGAUUUGCCUCCAGUUCCUAAAAUUUGGCAACUUUCAGCCGGUUGGAUGCAAUACAGUGAAACAGGAGAAGCUAAAAGUGUAGAUUUUCCUGAAGAAAGUGCUUUAGUCUUUGAUGUUGAAGUUUGCAUGCAAGAAGGCAAUUAUCCUACUUUAGCUACAGCUGUAUCCCAUAAACACUGGUAUUUAUGGUGUAGUGAUAAGCUGGUUGAAGACAAUUAUGCAUUUUCAACAAACAUUUCUCUUCCUGAUCUCAUUCCUAUGGAAACAAAAAAAGGAGAAAAUAAACCUUCACAAAUGAACUGUAUCCCGAAAAUAGUUAUUGGACAUAAUGUUGCUUUUGAUAGAACUUUUAUCAAAGAACAAUACUUUUUAGAAAGAACCCAAAUGACAUUUUUAGACACUAUGUCACUUCAUAUGUGUGUCUCUGGAUUGACUGGAUUACAACGAGCCAUGUCAUUGGCUUCAAAAAAGAAAAGUUCCGAAAAUCAAUCUCAUGGAUUUCUGGAUUUAUCAUUGGGUUGGUCUUAUAUUAGCUCUUUAAAUAACCUAGCUGAUGUUUACAAUUUAUAUUGCGAAGGAAGCCUUAGCAAAUCAGAACGAGAAAUUUUUAUAUCUGGGUCUUUAACUGAUGUUAGAGAAAACUUUCAGGAGUUGGCAACUUACUGUGCUCAUGAUUCUCUUGCCACAUUCCAGAUUUUAAAAAAACUAUACCCUUUAUUUCAAGAACGGUUUCCUCAUCCUGUAACAUUAUGUGGCCUCCUAGAAAUGGCAUCUGCUUAUUUACCUGUCAAUCAUAACUGGGACCGAUACCUGAAUGAAACACAGUCUACUUAUGAAGACAUGCAAAAAGAACUUAAACUUUCUCUUGUUCAUUUAGCCAAUGAUGCUUGCUCUCUUCUUCAUGACAAUUUGUAUAAAGAAGACCCAUGGCUUUGGGAUUUAAAUUGGAGUGUUCAAAGUAUUAAGUUUAAAAAAGAAACUAAAAAGUCCACAAAAAAGCCAAAAAAGAAAAAACAAAAGGAAACAGCUGUUCUUGAAACACCAGUUGAAAUGGAUACUGUUAUUAUUGAAUCUGUUGAAGAAGAAGAGAAAGAAAUUGAAAGUGUAAAAAAAGCUUCAUUGACUGACAGUCUUGAUGACUCACUGAAGCAUAUUUAUGAAACUGCAUCUUCUUUAAGAAAAGUACGUCCAUUCAUGCCUGGUUAUCCAGCGUGGUAUCGAGAACUCUGUGAUAAAAAUGGCGAUAACAAUCCUGAUUGGGAACCUGGCCCGUACCAAAUUAGCACUCAGAUGAGAUGUGUGCCAAAACUUAUGCGGAUGACUUGGGAUGGUUUUCCAUUACAUUAUAAUGAAAAACAUGGCUGGGGUUAUUUAGUUCCAAAUGUAAAUGAAACGAGUUUAUCAGAGAAUCAAGCAUUCCCUUUGAUAAACUUUCUUCAUCUUCUUGAAUCAAGAUCUGUUGAUUCCAAUCCAUCUCAAAAUUUGGAUGCAUUUUGGUCAGUAAUUCAAGAACCAAAAGAAAGUAAAGAGGAACAGUCAAAAAUGUGGAAUGCUAUUCUACAAAAGCAGGAACAUGAAGCUGUGAACCAAAAAGAUGUUCAUUAUGGCAUUGGACCUCAUGAUAUUGGCAUCAACGGUUGCAUGUUUUAUAAACUUCCACACAAGGAUGGUCCCCAGAAAAGAGUUGGCAAUCCCUUGUCCAAGGAUUUUCUUACUAAAGUUGAAGACCUUACUCUGAAAACAUGGGGUAAAGGGCAAGCUAACAGAGCUCUUUUAUUGAGCAAAAUGUUGUCUUACUGGAAAAAUGCUCAUGCUCGAAUUAUGUCUCAAAUGGUAGUAUGGCUGAAUAUGGAUGAACUGCCAGAAAAUGUCAAAAAUGCAAAAGCAUUUGAUGAAGCAGAUAGUUAUGGUGCUAUUUUGCCUCGACUCAUACCUGCUGGGACUGUUACCAGACGAGCAGUUGAACCAACAUGGUUAACUGCUAGUAAUGCAUAUGAAGACAGAGUUGGCAGUGAACUUAAAUCUAUGAUUCAAGCCCCACCUGGAUAUCAUUUUGUGGGAGCUGAUGUUGAUUCACAAGAACUAUGGCUUGCUGCUAUAUUUGGUGAUUCUCAGUUCAUCAAAUUGCAUGGAUGCACAGCUUUUGGCUGGAUGACAUUGCAAGGAAAAAAAUCAGCUGGUACAGAUAUGCAUAGUAAAACAGCUACAUCUGUUGGAAUUACAAGGGACCAAGCUAAAAUAUUGAACUAUGCUCGCAUUUAUGGAGCUGGAAAAUCUUUUGCCCAACGUCUACUAAUGCAGUUCAAUCAUCGUUUGACUCCUGAAGAAGCAAAGCGAAAAGUUAAGAAAAUAUAUUCUGAAACAAAAGGAACACAAAAAUAUAUUGCUGCACCUGAUGAAGUUGAAGAAAAUCAAUAUGUUUUUACACCUGGUUCUCAAAGAAGAAUCUGGGUUGGAGGUAGUGAAUCUGAUAUGUUCAACAAAUUAGAAGAAAUAGCUCUCUCUAAAAAGCCAAAAACUCCAGCAUUGGAGUGUAGGAUCAGUAGGGCUUUGGAACCAAAAGCUGUGGAUAAAAAUUUUAUGACUAGUCGUAUCAAUUGGGUAGUACAGAGUUCUGCAGUGGAUUUUUUGCAUCUUAUGUUAGUUUGUAUGAAAUGGCUAUUCAAGGAAUUUGAAAUAGAAGGCCGUUACUCCAUCUGCAUCCAUGAUGAGGUUAGAUACCUGGUGAAAAGUGAAGAUAGAUAUCGAGCAGCUUUAGCUUUACAAAUCACUAACUUAUUAACAAGAUGCUUCUUCACAGCUAAACUGGAAAUGAAUGAUUUACCACAAUCAGUGGCAUUCUUCAGUUCUGUUGAUGUUGAUACUGUCUUGAGGAAAGAAGUGAACAUGGAUUCAAAAACUCCUUCUAAUCCUCAUGGUUUAGAAAAAGGCUAUGGGAUUCCUCCAGGUGAAGCUUUGGAUAUAUUUGCUGUUCUUCAAAAAACAAAUGGAAGCAUACUUCCUCCGAAAAUAGCAUGAGCUAACAUCUAGAUAUCAUCAUCAAUAAUGGUCCUGGACAACAUCAUCAAUAACAGCGCUGUUGUCAUACUAAUUCAUUGUAUAAAUUUCCAUAUUAUGUUUCUAGUGUAUUAGUGUUUUCUAGAAAUAAAGACUUUUUGUACAUA